UUCCUUGUUCCAUCGGCCGCGGUAACCCCCGAUGGUCGUGACCCAAAACUUCGAAUAGUCUAUUUUAAAAGCUCUGACAGCUGUAUCGCUUAUUCCAGCAUCUUUAGCUACAACGAGUCCGUUUACGACACCCUUCAGUAUGUGACUUCUCUUCAACCAACCGUCCUCUCCCCUGCUGAAGUUCGAAUCGUCACUCACUUUAUCGGUGGCUGCAAUGUGCGCGAAGACAAUCGGGGUUACAACCUUUUUAAAUUGUUGGCCGACCUAAUUGAGUUGGCCGACGUCUGUCAAUGUUUUACAGUUUUUGUGGGUCCCCCAUUAGCUGGCGAUUGUACCUUCAUAUCUGGUUGGAUGACUCAAACCUCACCUACAAUUCCUUGGCUGCUGAGACCAUACCAGAUAAACUACCUCUGUCCGGCAACAGAUCCGGCCAGGAAACAUGUUGAGAAUUUUUACACAGGUGUAGAGGAAGAGGCGCGAUAUGCAACAAUUACAAUGACUCUGGAAGUGCAGUCUGUUACGGCCAUUUUUGCGUCCAUGUUGAGGUUUCAGGGUUGGCGAAGGGUGCUACUGCUCUACGAGAUUAGUGCCGACAUGAUGCCACUGUUCUGGAUGGCAGAUAGAAUUGACAUGGCAUUCGAUGCAAAAGGAAGAGUGGGUGCUGCAGCCAAGAUUGUUGCUAUGAAGGGCAUCCACGUGGACUCCAAUUAUAACAUGUUGAUGGCAGAGUGGGCGGACCAAAUUGAUGCUGUUAUCAUACUUGCAAGACCACCAAUUGUCAUCGUUUUACUCGACCAGAUCCAAAACAUUUCGCGAAUUCAAGCAGGUCGUGUGGCCAUUCUGCACUUGGACCCUUCCAAUGCAAUUACUUAUGAUGUGCUCCGCUUCUGGCGUUUCGAACUGGCCCGCAGGUCUCAGUUGGGUGCUGCUGGUCAGAGCUUCUUCAUCAUCACUGCUCUGCCCCUCGGAAUGGGAUACGAUGCCCAGUCGCCGAUAUUUCAAACUAAAACAAUGAUAUCAUUCGCCUCCGCAGUUGCUGUGGCGGUAAAGAUGGUUCAGCAGUCAUUAAUUGACAAUGGAGGCAAAAUUCCUCUCGACGCCAACUUCUUCGGUCCGCUGAUGUCCAACCACCUCCGUGUUCCUGUGAUGCCGGAUGUGGAGUACCACUUUGUGCGGGAUGGUGACUACUUCAGCAACUUGUUUGACAUAUACGCCUUUGAGAUCAACACGCAGCAUGUCUACGACAAGUCAUUCAAGAUUGACACAGCACAAUUCUAUGAAAUUUUUGACCUCGUCUGUGUCAUGCCAGCUCCCGGGUCCAUGGUCUACGAGGUACAAGCCAAAAAGUGGCCACACGAUGGCAAAGGUCCUAACGUGGACAUUUGCCUUCAAUCAGAUUGCCUUGGAGCUAAACUUAAAUCGCCCUUCUUUGCUCUCAGGGACGGUUGUCAACCGGAUGAUUCUCCUACUCCUGAUGACAGGAACAGCCUGCAUGAUUACAACAGUGGUCUCUCUAUUUUUCAGCCCUUUGUUAGUCAGUUGUUUCCUUCGAAUUCACCAAGCAGUCAAAAUACAGAUGUGUCCACUGACAGCGAGACAGAUGGGAGAGAAGAGGCCUUUCCUCCCUCGGACAUUGGACUCUGUCAAAAUUCUAAAAAAGUUGCAAUUUUUAAUGGAACAUGGUUGCACAUAAAGCAGUUGGGCUUGCCAUCAAUCAAUUUGAAGGCAAAAAUGGUCGAACAUUUGCGGACUCUGCGAGAACUUCGCCACGAAAACAUCAACCUCUUUAUUGGUUGCUACGUUGAUGCUGAUUCCUUUAGUUUCGUCUACGAGGAAUGCAGCCGAGGCAGCCUGAGGGUAUCAACGCUUUCAUUAAGUUGUCAGCUUCCCCAAAGUUGA